ACCGCCGGCAGAACCGGCGCGAUGUGGCGGGUCCUCGCAGUGGCGCUCGUGGUUGGCCUGGAGCUCAGCGAUGCUGGACCGCAAAACUUCAACUUUGGAUUCCCGCAGAGGCCAGCUCCGAACCGCCAGGACCAGUUCUUCCAGCAGCAGCAGCAGCAGCAACAACAGCAGCAGCAACAGCAGCAGCAACAGCAGCAGCCGCAGGGCAACAACCCGUUCGGCCAGCUACUAAACCAGUUCGGUCAGGUCCUGGGCGGCAGCGUAAAUCCGAAUGGUGGCGGCGGCUUCGUAAUUGAUGGUUCCAAGGUGCAGCAGCAGGCCGGCCAGCUGCUUGGCAGCGUGUUUGGCAUUCGACCUGGCCAGGGUCAGAACAACCAGGGCGGUCAGAACAACCAGGGCGAGCAGAUCGAUCAAGGCGGCGGCGGCGGCGAGUUCGUCGACGAGCUCGACCCGGAGGACCUCGAGCAGGGUAACCGGCGCCGAGAGCUCUGCACCACCGACGACGGUCUGCGUGGCGUCUGCAAGAAGGAGCGACGCUGCCCCGAUGACCGACUGGCACUGAGCUCUUCCGUCACGUACUGCCCGGGCGGCGGCGGCGGCGGCGGCCGGGGCCGGGGCCGGGGUCGCGGCCGGGGCCGCGGCCGGCGCAGGAAGGUCUGCUGCCCCAGGCGGCGACAAGGGGGGCCCAGCGAUGACCAGGCUGAGGCCAACUAA